AUGGCGGGUUCGAUGCCCUAUCCAGAUCGUCCUGGUGAACCCGAUUGUAUAUUUUGUUUAAGAAUCGGCUUGUGUGGCUAUGGAAACAUUUGUAGGUUUAAUCAUCCAACCCACAUUGGUCAGGGAAGUUUGAGCUCGGUAAGUUCGGGCAACAUCUAUGGUGGCCUAGGCAGCAUUGAACAACCCUAUUCCUCUGGUUCUACUAAUCUACCCGAACGACCUAGGGAACCAGAAUGUCGUUAUUUUAUGCACACUGGAAACUGCAAAUACGGAUCAGACUGCAAAUAUCAUCACCUAAAGGAAAAGAUUGCUCAACUUGCUGCUAGCUCUUUGGGCCCACUUGGCCUUCCACUAAGACCUGGGCAAGCAGUGUGUUCAUAUUAUAGUAUUUAUGGAAUCUGCAAGUUUGAGCCAACUUAUAAAUAUGAUCACCCUUUGAUGGGGUACUCAUAUAACUACAACAUGAGUCUACCUAAUGAUAAUGCUAAUGCACCAUCUUUGUUCUCAUAAGGAGAGGUGAAUUCAUCAACACUUCAUUCUUCGGGGUCUUCCCUGUCAAAGUCAUCUAAAAAUGAAGGUGCCAAAACACCAGGAGGUGGUUCACCUUCACCUUCGCCUCAACGUGCUGCAUCUCCAUCACAUUCAGAGUGAUAUUGGUUUUGUUUAGAAUUGGGUUGUGUUUUUGAGAGAUGAUGAUUUUUAUGAGGGCUUUGUUUUUGGUUCCGAAUAAAAUUAUGCAGAUGAGGAAAAAUGUUAUACUUUUACUGCUAUUACUUUUACAUUUUUAUCCGGUAUGAACUGUUUUUUUUGUUGUUUUUUUAUGGAUGAUUUUGUUAAUUUUAUGAGUGGUGAUGCCAUUUUUGCUCUAAUAUGUUAUUCGUUACCUUUUU